CAUCAAAAUCACCAUCUCUCAAUCAUGAAGAUUCCAAACAUUUCCAAAUUUCUUCUUCUUUUUCUCAUCUCCUUGUGUUUACACGCAGCUUCUGCUGCGGAUAAGCACCAAGAUUUUGUUGAAUGUCUAACCCAAAAAUUCAACGACUAUUCUUCGAUUUCAAGCAACGUUUACACCCCUUCAAACUCAUCCUACUCUUCCAUCCUCCGAUUCUCCAUCCAAAGCCUAAGAUUCAUCUCCGAUUCCACUCCGAAACCGGCCGUCAUCGUACAGCCUGAGCACGAAUCCCAAAUCCCUCCCGUCAUCUACUGCGCCAAAGCCAGCGGCUUGCAGAUCAGAACCCGAAGCGGGGGCCAUGACUACGAGGGACUAUCGUACGUCGCACAUGUCCCGUUCGUGAUCCUUGAUUUGAUCAAUCUCGAUGAAAUCACGGUCGAUGUCGCGGAGAAAACCGCGUGGGUCGGAUCUGGCGCGACAAACGGCGCGUUAUACUACGCGGUCGCGCAGAAAAGCCCGGUCCUAGGGUUUCCGGCCGGGGUUUGCACGACGAUAGGCAUCGGUGGGCACAUCAGCGGAGGAGGAUACGGUACGCUCAUGCGUAAACACGGCCUGGCUGCGGAUCAGGUCAUUGACGCGAGAAUCAUCGACGUCAACGGCAGAAUCCUGGACAAGAAAUCAAUGGGCGAAGAUUUGUUCUGGGCCAUAAGAGGCGGCGGUGGAGCCAGUUUCGGCGUCAUAACUGCCUGGAAGGUAAAACUGGUGAAUGUUCCACAAAAAGUCACUGUUUUCAGCAUAGGCAAGACUCUGGAGCAAAAUGCGACUCAACUAGUACAGAAAUGGCAAUCCAUCGCGCCCAAAUUCGACCAUGAUUUAUUCGUGAGAGUCAUCCUAGUACCGGAGAAUCUUAGCUCCAACAUAGAGGGUAGAAACAAGACGAUUCGGGCUAUAUUCAACUCACUAUUCCUUGGGAAAAUCGACACGUUGCUUCCGUUGAUGCAGAAGAGCUUCCCUGAGUUAGGGUUAGUGAGAGAAGACUGCACAGAGAUGAGCUGGAUCGAAUCCGUCUUAUCCUUCGCGGGUUUCCCCAUCGAUGCACCCGAAAUGCUGCUCAACAGAACUCAACCGGCGGUGAGAUACUUCAAAGCGAAAUCCGACUACGUGCAGAAGCCCAUCCCUGAAUCCGGGCUUGAAGGCAUAUGGAGGAGGAUGUUCGAGGUAGUGGCCGACCAGUCUGUGAUCAUCUUCAGCCCUUAUGGCGGGAGGAUGGACGAGAUUCCGGCCUCUGCCACUCCGUUUCCUCAUAGGGCCGGAAACUUGUACAAGAUCCAACACCUGAUUUUUUGGGACGAGAGCGAGAAUCAAGAUUCCGAGAGCUAUAUAAGCUGGAUGAGGAGGCUUUACAAGUACUUGACUCCUUAUGUGUCGUGCUCGCCUAGGCAAGCGUACCUCAACUACAGAGAUCUCGACAUUGGUGUCAAUAACCCUAAAGGGAAGACGAGCUAUGCACGAGCAAGCGUUUGGGGUAAGAAGUACUUUUUGGAUAAUUUCGAUCGUCUUGUUCGGGUGAAGACAGUGGUUGAUCCGCAGAAUUUCUUCAAGAACGAACAAAGCAUUCCACCGUUGCACUGAAGAUUGACAAACUAGUGUUACUCUCGUGCGAUGUAAUAGGGUUGAUUGCAAAUGUUUAUGUAAUCAACUAUUUGAUGUCAUUUGUAAGAAUAAUGAGUUGUUUGAGGUAAUAAGAUGAUUGAUUCGUGAAA